AUGGGUCUCGACUAUAUUCUAUUCCAUUGCAAAUUUACCAUCCCUAUAGCGACAACCCUAUCUAUUUUCUACAUUCCAUUCUUGAGCCGCCAUGAUAUCUACAAGAUCUUCACCCUGAUCGCUAUCGCUGUUGUCGCAACUAUACCAUGGGAUUCCUACCUAAUUUACACUAAGAUAUGGACCUACCCUCCAGACACAGUGAUAGGGUAUACAUUAUUCAGGAUUCCACUGGAAGAGUUAUUCUUCUUUGUUAUUCAGACCUAUAUAACCAGUGUUAUAUACUGUAUCCUGACAAAGUCUCUCAUCCGACCUAUAUAUAUCAGGCCAACCCAGACCCGGCAGUGGGUGAAAGACGCUGGUACCAUCUGUCUUAUCUCAUCAGCGGCGAUUGGUAUAGCUUUUGCCCUCUCUUCAGGAAAGAUGACAUACUUGGGCCUUAUACUCUUUUGGGUAAGCCCAGUCUUGCUUUUUCAAUGGCUACUGACGUUUGACUACCUUACGGCCCUCCCAUGGAAAGUAACGGCAUUACCUAUCUGUAUACCUACACUAUGUUUGUGGGUUGCAGAUGCCAGUGCAGUAAGAGCUGGAACCUGGGUUAUAGAGAAGGGCACAAAACUCGAUUACCAAAUUUGGGAUGGACUUGAGAUUGAAGAGGCAGUAUUCUUCUUCCUGACAAAUGUUAUGGUUGUAGGAGGACUAAUUGGCUGUGAUUAUGCGUUCGGAAUCGAGGAGCUCCGAAGGCUCUGCGCUAAGACAGAUGUCCAGAAAAAGGACAUCUUCUUGAAAGACGCACUCCUCGGAAUUUUUAAACCCCUCCCUGGUACAGAUACUGCAGCUAAAGAUGAACUUGCAAGAGCCGUGAAACGCCUGCAGGCUAAGAGUGAAAGUAUGUUUCUGGGCAGUGCUUUGUUCCAUGGGAACCUACGUAUCGACCUGAUAUUUUUGUACUCAUUUUGUCGUGUUGUCGAUGAUCUCGUUGACGACAGCGGUUAUGACAAAGAACAAGCCCGGUACUGGAUCCGCAAUUGUUCUAUAGCAUUGAAUAACAGGUUUAAAAAUGACCAAACGACGGGAGGGGCCAAGUUCAAUGACCCUACAAUGGCCUUAAAAUACAACGAGCUCCAGUCAUCAGUCGACCAUCUCCCAGUCUCCCGGCUAUCAAGAGAGCCGCUACAUGAUCUAUUGAAGGGGUUCGAGAUGGAUUUAGAGUUCGACUACACAAAGGGAUGUUUUCCAAUUAGAGACGAGGUAGACCUUGACUUAUAUGCCUCCCGAGUAGCAAGCACAAUAGCUGCCCUUAUUCUUGAUUUGGUCUACUAUUACUACUAUCACAACAAGCCAAUCCACCCCCCUGAUCAUCUCGAGCAUGUAACCAAGGCAGGAAAGGAAAUGGGCAAGGCACUACAACUCGUGAAUAUUGCGCGAGAUAUUCGGCGGGAUGCAGCAAUUGGUAGAGUCUAUAUCCCUACCUCCUGGCUACGUGAGACUGGAUUAACUCCAAUUGAUGUUAUUCAUCGCCCUACGUCUGCCGACGUAUAUAGGCUUCAAGAGAGACUCCUCGAAAAGGCAAAUAUAUGCUACACAGCCGCUCGUGAUACUAUUGAGGAACUUCCUCAUAGCGUUCGGGGCCCUAUCAGGGCGACUGUUGACAGUUAUAUGGAGAUUGGUAGGAUUCUGAGAGAAAAGAAAGGAAAGAAUCUCGAGGGUGCAAAGUUAAGCGUGCCUUUGUGGCGGCGACUGCUCGUGGCGUGGUCAGCUAUGUUGCAAAAGAAAUAUUGA